CAAUCACUCCAUUUUCAUCUCAAUAUAAACCCCCUUCCAUACCCAGAUUUGGCUCUCUCCCCAUCCUCCUCUCUAUUAUCUCUCUCUAUUAAGAAUUAUCAAAUCAAUGGAUUCAAAGGCGGUUCACAACGGCGAGUCCACUGGUCCUCUGAUCGUCAGCUUCGGCGAGAUGCUCAUCGACUUCGUGCCCACGGUUUCCGGCGUGUCGUUGGCGGAGGCUCCGGGAUUUCUCAAGGCCCCCGGCGGUGCACCGGCUAAUGUUGCAAUCGCAGUCGCCAGACUCGGAGGCCAUGCGGCGUUCGUCGGCAAGCUAGGCGAUGACGAGUUUGGUCACAUGCUCGCCGGGAUCCUCGGUGAGAACGGCGUCAGCACCAAAGGGAUCAACUUCGAUCUAGGCGCUCGCACUGCCUUGGCGUUCGUGACUCUACGCGCCGACGGGGAGCGUGAGUUCAUGUUCUACAGGAAUCCUAGCGCCGACAUGCUUUUGACGCCCGAAGAGCUCAAUCUCGAGCUCAUUAGAUCCGCGAAAGUGUUUCAUUACGGAUCGAUAAGCUUGAUUGUGGAGCCCUGCAGAUCAGCACAUCUGAAGGCAAUGGAAGCAGCAAAAGAGGCCGGUGCCCUGCUCUCGUACGACCCGAACCUGAGGCUGCCGCUGUGGCCCUCACCUGCGGAGGCGCGUGAGCAGAUAAUGAGCAUCUGGGACAAGGCGGAGGUGAUCAAGGUCAGUGACAAUGAGCUGGAGUUCUUGACAGGGAGUGACAAAAUUGAUGAUGCAGCUGCUUUGUCACUGUGGCAUCCCAACUUGAAGCUUCUUUUGGUCACUCUUGGUGAGAAGGGUUGCAGAUACUACACCAAGAACUUCCAUGGGCAAGUGGAUGCUUUCAAUGUCAAAGCUGUAGAUACAACAGGAGCAGGUGAUGCCUUCGUUGGAGCCUUAUUGUCCAAGAUAGUUGAUGACCAAUCUGUAAUUGAGGACGAACCAAGGCUGAGGGAAGUACUCAAGUUUUCAAAUGCAUGUGGUGCCAUUACAACCAUCAAGAAGGGAGCCAUUCCUGCUCUCCCAACCACAUCCGAGGUCCUCACUUUUGUCAAAGGGGCUUAAGAGGCUUUUUCCUUUUUUUUUUUUUUUUAAAAGUUACUCUUCUUAAGCCUCGUCUUCUCUCUGCUCGUGCUUUGAGUUUCCAUAUAUACGGAGUUCUCCUCUGGCUAUUCAAUGGGGUUUUUCAAGUGUCUCGUGAUGAUUGAAAACUUGUGGUUUUAUUUUUAACUAAAUAAAUUUUGAUUGGCAUUUCUGAAAAAGGUCAAUUGCCCAGUA